AGAGGGGACCAAGCAACCCCCUUUGUCCCAAUAUCUAUAUAUAUAAUGCAACCUCGUUUCAUUCCCAUCCCACAACACACCAAUCCCUCUCUCUCUCUAAAUUCCAAAUUUUACUGCAUUAUCUCCAUCCACCCACCCAAGAACCAUGCAGAGACAACUAGCUAACAUGAAGCAGUCCCUUUUUGAUCAGGGAUAUCUCGAUGAACAAUUCAUUCAGCUUGAAGAGCUGCAAGAUGAUGCGAAUCCUAAUUUCGUUGAAGAAGUUGUCACGUUGUACUACCGCGAUUCGGCUCGACUUAUCCAAAAUAUUGACCAAGCCUUGGAGAAGAGCCCUCUUGAUUUUUCGAAGCUGGACAGCUUCAUGCAUCAGUUCAAGGGCAGCAGUACAAGCAUUGGAGCCAAAAAGGUGAAAAGUGAGUGUACACAAUUCAGAGACUACUGCAGAGUUGGAAAUGCUGAUGGUUGCAAGAGAACUUUUCAGCAAUUGAAGAAGGAAUAUGCCACUCUAAAAAAGAAAGUAGAAGUCUAUUUUCAGUUUGCGAGACAAAUUGGGCCAGUUGAGAAGGCUUGUCGCUCAAAAUAAGGAAGUGGAGUUGAGGCUUCAAUGUUUGGUUUAUCUUACUAUGUAAAACUCACCAAAACCCUCCUUCUCAGAUGUAAUAAGAGAAGAGAAGGACCUUCUUUCUUUAAUUUCUUUCUAAUUAAUCUACCUUUUAUAACCAA